AAUGGCGUCGUCUCGAAUUGUGGGUCCUCACACAAUUUUCGUGUCCAAAGUGCCAUGGACGGUUUGUCGAGAUACCCUGAGCGCGUACUUUCAGCAGUUUGGAAAAGUCAAAAGUUCGAAAAUUUCAUUUGACAAAUACACAGGCAGACAUAGAGGGUUUGGUUUUGUUGAAUUUGGAUCAUCUGAAGGGUUUAAGAAAGCACUUGCCACAGAAAAUCAUGUGAUUGAGGGAUCAAAG